AUGACAACAGAAACUGGUAAAAGUCGAUGUUUUACUUGUGACAAAGAAAAACGAACGGUCAGAUGUGAAGGAUGUUUACAAACAUAUUGUUAUGAUCAUUUAACAGAUCAUCGACAAGAAUUAAAUAAACAAUUAGAUCAUAUAACACUUAAUUAUGAUCGUUUUCGACGGGCACUUAAUGAACAAACAAAUCAUCCACAAAUAAUUCUCUUAACUAAACAAAUUAAUAAAUGGGAAUUAGAUGCAAUAAAUAAAAUUCAACAAACAGCAUCGGAAUGUCGACAAUUAUUACUUGAAAUUAAAAAUGAACAUUCAAGUAAUAUUAAAAUUAAUCUAGAAAAAUUAACUGAACAAUUAGGAGAUAUUCGUCAAGAAAAUGAUUUUAAUGAAAUUGAUUUACAACAAUUUAAAGAUAAACUAGCACAAUUACAACAAGAAUUAAAUAAACCAUCAAAUAUUUCAAUUCAAAAAGAAUAUACAUCAUAUGUGAACAAAAUAUCUGUUGUUGCAUCAUCGGAAGCUGAUAGUUCAUUUUUAAAUAUUCAUAAUAAUACAAAAUGGAAACAAAGUGGAACAACUAUUAUUGGAGUAAGUUUACCAGGCAAUCAACCAGGUCAACUCUAUGAUCCACGAGGUAUUUGUAUUCAUGAUGCUGAUGAACAAAUGAUUUAUAUUGCUGAUUUGGGAAAUCAUCGCAUUAUGGAAUGGAAAUGUAGUACAAAUACUGGUCAAGUUGUUGCUGGUGGAAAUGGACAAGGAAAUCGUAUGGAUCAAUUGGAUCGUCCAACAAAUGUUAUUAUUGAUAAAAUGGAUGAUUCACUUAUUAUUUCUGAUUGGGGAAAUAGCCGAGUCGUAAGAUGGUCUCUUCGAAAUAAUGAAGAUCAACAAACAAUUAUUUUUAAUAUUGAUUGUUGUGGUUUAACAAUGGAUCAUAAUGGUGAUUUAUAUGUUUCUGAUUUAGUAAAGAAUGAAGUCAGACGAUGGAAAGAUGGAGAUACAAAUGGUAUAGUCGUUGCUGGUGGAAAUGGAGAAGGAGAUACACUUAAUCAACUUAAUUAUCCUAGUUAUAUUUUUGUUGAUGAAGAUCAAUCAGUUUAUGUAUCGGAUACUUUAAAUCAUCGUGUAAUGAAAUGGCCAAAAGGUGCAAAAGAAGGUAUGAUUGUUGCUGGUGGACAAGGACAAGGAAAUAGUCUCUCACAAUUAUCUUGUCCUAUGGGAGUUAUUGUUGAUUAUUUGGGUAAUCUUUAUGUUGCUGAUUUUUAUAAUCAUCGAAUAGUACGUUGGGCACCAGGUGCAAGAAAAGGUAGUAUUGUCGUUGGUGGAAAUGGUCAAGGAACACAACCAGAUCAACUCAAUGGUCCGACUGGUUUAUCAAUGGAUCAACAUGGUAAUCUCUAUGUUGUUAAUAGAGGUAAUCAUGACGUACAUAAAUUUGAUAUUGAUUUAAAUUAA